CAAACCAGAUCUCUCGAUUUACUCCUUAAAUACAGAGAAAAUGUAUUUUGUUUCACUCCACUGUCACAUUUAGGAUACUUUUGUGGGUAAUUUAGAACAUUUACUUAUCCUGAAUUGUUAUUCAUCUCCUGCCCUCAACCUAAUUGCCUGAGGAUCAGGCUGAAAAGGGCAGGAGUUAACUGACAUUCCAGGCUAGAUGUUUACUGAGUUAAUCUGAAAAUUUCCAGAUCUCCUCCUUCUAUUUUCUUAGCUUUUUUCAAACAUCAAGAGAGUGCCUUCACACAAAAUAGGCAAAAUUUGAUAUUUGGUCCACAGACUUUGGCCAUAAAUACAGAUUAUGCAAAUUAUUGGUUCACUUCUUGAUGGCAGUAUGAUUUCUUUUAUUUUAUUCCCCCAAAGCAUCACAGCCACACUAAAAUAGUUAUGACAUAUUGAAAUUAAGACGUGGGAUGACCUCCUGGUAUGACGUUAUUUCUUUUAGGUUGUUGACAUCUCUGACACUGGUUUCUCAUUUGUUCAAUGUUAUUCUAUCCUGCAUAUUUCAGCAUAGACCUUUCCAAAGCCAGUGGUGCCGAAUUGAGGUCAGGGUUGACAAAAAUACAGCAAAUGUAGGAAAUUGUACCCCACAACCUCACCCUGGUACUAUUGUUCGUACGCACUGAAGUGGAAUGAGGGAAAGGUGCAAUGAAACAUGAACAAACACGUUUGAUGACAUUUUGGCCUCAACAUACAGUCAUUUUGGACAGGGACCUUAUCUCGUUUCCAGGUCUCCGCUAUUUUUCCAAAUCCAAGAUGGCCGCUUUCGAAAGGAUAAUUCGGGGUUUCGUUCGUCUUGGGAUAGGAGGGCUGUUCCUCGUCAGGGCCUCAGGCGAAUUGUUUCCGCAAAUUUGCAAAGACUUUAAUGGUCUCAAAGACGAAAGCGGAACCUUAGUCGAAGUUCCUGAUCGCUGUCGUGAACAAUUUACCGAGGUGGCCGUGAAAUUUGGUUUGAAGAACGCAGACAAAGUGAGCUUGUUUGUCAAUCGGCAUUUCUAUGCAGUGUCGGCCGGUUCAAAUAUACUUCCGGGUGGUGCCGUUAUUGGGUUGCCAAGGUGGUAUCUAUAUCAAACUAAAAAGGAUGUUGAAAAUUCGGGACUUAGAUUUGGCAGAGAUGUGAGCUGGGAUUCAGAAGUUGGUGUGACUGUGACUGAAAGUUUUAUUCCAACUCAGGAAAUGAUCGCUUUCACUAUUGGCCAUGAGCUGGCUCAUAUUGAUCAGCAUUUAAAUUUCAAGCUGUUUUUCACGUGUGUCCCACCAUUAUGGCUGUACUUGACAUACAGAGUUGCAAAAUGUACGGGAAGAAUUUUCAAAGUGCAUGUUGUGUUGGAUGCUCUACUGAAACUUUGCAUCUUUGGAUUGAAUUAUCAAGCUUACAGAAUUGUUGAGCGAAAGUUGACUCAUCUUGCUGAAUUCAAUGCUGAUGAAAUUUCUGCUAAGUGUGAUCCACACAUGGCAAAAGGUGGUGUAGAUUGGUGUACAACAACACUGAAACGAAACGUCAUCCAACGUGCACUGCUUGGAGAACGAGGAAAACAGAUUUACUCAGAGGAAGGAAAUGACCUGCAACGCACAGCAAUAUCCAGACAUCCACAGUUGACUGAGAGGCUACACAAAGUGAAAACCAUCUUUGACACUCUGUCAGAUUCAAGUUUGAUAGAAGAGCCAGAAAACAGCAAUACUGCAAAUUAGUAUUGUUACCAAUGAAUAAUGAUUGGCAGAGUAUUUUGCCAGGGUAUUUUGCAGAACGCCCAAGGCACUGUUUGCUUGCAUUAAGUUACACUCGUGUUUGUGUGUGGUUAGCGUCUGUUUGUUGAAAAGGGCCAAAUACACUAUAAUGCUGUCCUUUAAAGUUACAUAAUAGCUAUAAUGCUAACCGCAAGCAAACAUGAGUGGGACUAAUGACCAGCAAACGGUGCAUUUGGAGAUUGGCAUUCUGCAUUUGGUAGACAGCAUUCUGCAGUGGAAACAAUGCCUUUUCCACAGCAUGAAUACUUACAGCCCAUGUGAUGGUGUGAUCCAAAUCAGUAGUCAAACUUGAUCACCUGAUUACAGAUGAAUGAUCAUGCUUACAGGAGGAAAAGCUAAAGAGGAAGGGCAAUUAUUUUGAGAAGAAUGAAAAGUGAUGGUGAAUACUGACUGAAGUGAAAGUACAAUAAAUAAAUAAAUAAAUAAAUUUUAGUCAUAAUGCAAUCAAGAGCAAAUGUGGGAUUAGAAAUAAAUGAAAAUUGGGGCAUUUACUGUUAGCCAUGAUAGUGGUAGAGAUUUGAAUUUAUUGUCGUCAGUUUUUUCAGGGUCUUUUGAUUACCAAACAAGUUUACUGCAAGUGGUCAGUGUAAAGUACAGACUGCACAAUGUAGACUGCAGGCCAGGGGUAAAAUGCAGACUGCAGACCAGGGGUAAAAUGCAGACUGCAGACUGUAGAAUUUUUAACUCAAUCAGGUUACCAUUUCUAUUAUUGAGAGCAAGUGACAUUCAGUCUUACCAAGGUGAUAAUGUGUAGACUUUCACUGUGAGUAGCCCAAACAAUCUUGUUUAUGGUAAUCACUCAAUAACAGAAAUAUUACAAUAUACACUUAAAAAGCCUGCAGUCUGCAGUCUGCAAUUUACUGUCCCACAAUAACCCAGAAUUAGUAUCACCCAACUAGU